CGUCACAUUUACUAUGGCACAAUCUAAGAAAGCGUCCCAGGUGAAGAGGGUUUCUCUCGGAGUUGGCGACGUUUUCGUGGAGCACCAGGACGAUCCAAAGCGAGGCGCUUGGGCCAACCAGAUCGAAUUUAUUCUAUCCUGCAUUGGGUAUGCUGUUGGCAUCGGCAAUGUUUGGCGUUUCCCUUUCUUCAUAUAUCGCAAUGGCGGUGGAGCUUUUUUGAUACCCUUCAUUCUCAUGUUGAUCACGAUGGGUUUGCCUAUAUUCUUCUUAGAGCUUUGUGUAGGACAGUACACUGGACUGGGGCCUAUAAAAUCUUUCAGUCGCAUGGCACCCGCUUUUCAUGGCCUUGGUCACUGCACAUUGGUAGUCAUUUUCUUUGUGCUGAUAUAUUACAUGAUAAUAAUCGCGUGGACAUUAUUUUACAUUUUUAUUUCUUUUUCGUCAAAACUCGCUUGGGCGUACUGCGACAACGAUUUCAACACAAACAAUUGUUACAGCAACCUUCAAGCAGAAGAGUGCAAGAUAACUAAUUCAGAGUCUAUAUUUUACAAUAAGACCUGCAUGGCUAUCCACACGGUCUGUUCCAGUUUAGGCUACGACAAUUAUAAUAAGACCCACUGCUUAUCUUCCUUGACGAACGAAGCCAAAGUGUUCGAAGAUCUCUAUCAGCGGGUACUGUCAUCCGAGGAGUACUUCAGAGACUACGUUCUUGGUCUGCGCGGAGCCACAUGGGAAAACUUCGGCGGCAUACGAUGGGAACUACUCGGAUGCCUCACGCUAGCUUGGGUGGUGUGCUUCUUAUGCCUGGUACGCGGUAUCCAGACUAUCGGCAAAGUUGUCUAUUUCACCGCUCUCUUCCCUUACGUCAUUCUCACAAUUCUUCUAGUACGCGGUGUUACCCUGGAUGGUGCCGAUAGUGGCAUGCUGUGGUACAUAUAUCCCGAUUUUUCGAAGCUGGCAGGCGCAAAUGUGUGGGCUGACGCGGCCUCUCAAAUCUUCUAUUCGCUUGGCAUCGGCUGCGGAUCCCUGGUGACUCUCGCGAGUUACAGCAACUUUAGCAACAAUUGCCACAGAGACGCUAUUUUCGUCACCUGCACCAAUCUAUUCACAUCUGUUUUCGCCGGCUUGGUGAUAUUUUCGAUACUUGGAUUUCUGGCCCAGAAAAUGGGUAUGCCGAUCGACAAGGUGGUCCAGAGCGCAGAGGGGUUGGCUUUUGUCGCUUAUCCGGAGGCGGUGGUGCAGAUGCCGUGGUCGAAUCUCUGGGCCAUCCUGUUUUUCGUUAUGCUCUUCAUACUCGGUCUCGGUAGUCAGUUCGCAGGCGUGCAGGCGAUAAACACCGCCAUACUGGACUGGCGUCCGGAUUUGCGAAAAUACGAGAGUUCCGUGGUACUGGCUAUAUGCGCUACCUGCUGGCUCCUGGCGAUUCCGAUGGUAUUCGACGGCGGUAUCUACCUGUUCAAGCUGAUGGACUGGCAUACCGCCUCUUGGGCGAUCCUAUUGAUCGGCUUCGCUGAACUCAUUGUGGCUUCCUCGUUCUAUGGAUGUAACAGAUUUCUAGCUAAUCUCACCGAAAUGAAAAUUAAAUUCGGCUGUUUUCUUCACGGUUACUGGUGGCUUUGCUGGGCCAUCCUUGCACCCAUUACUUGUCUGGGAGUCUUUGGAUAUCAAGUGAACCAAAUCGAUUUUCGAGGAAGUUACGGCGAUUAUAUAUUUCCUAACUGGACGGGUGCCCUUGGAAUUGGAAUUGGACUAGCAACUUUAGUGCCAAUGCCGGUUUUCUUUAUCCUACAAGCCUGGAAAGCAGAGACCUUCCUGAGUUUAUUUCGGCCCUCGCCAUUAUGGAGGGCAGCCGAGCAGAACGAUACACUGGAUACUGAUAGCGUCGACACUGUAGUGUCGGUCAAUCCGACAUACGAUUCUUCGUACAGAUUUUAA